UUUAUCUUCUCUUCAAUCAUCAGCAAUAACACAGCCACAGCCAAUCAUGUCUUCGUCUUCUUCAUCAUCUAAGAUGAAAAUCACCCUGAAGUGCUCGGACGGCCAUAUAUUCGAAGUGGAGCAGAAAGUCUUGUUUGAGUGCCGAACCAUCAAGCACAUGAUAGACGAUGGCUGCGCCGACUCCGCCAUCCCAUUGCCCAAUGUGACCGGAAAAAUCAUGGCAAAAGUCAUUGAGUACUGCAAGAAGCAUAUGGAGGCGGCCGCUGAAAUCAGGGAUAUGAAUUUUUUCAGCAAUGACUUUCGUGAUCUCAAGAAUUGGGAUGAUGCGUUUGUGAAGGAAGUUAUGGAGAACCAAGAUAUUCUCUUUGACUUGAUAAUGGCUGCAAACUAUCUGGACAUCAAGAACCUGUUGGAUUUGCUGUGUAAAGGCAUCGCUGAUAUGAUGAGGGGAAAGACUCCCGAGCAGAUUCGUCAGAUUUUUCACAUCAAGAAUGACUACACGCCUUACGAAGAAGCGGAAGUUCGCAGGGAGAAUCAGUGGGCUUUUGAGUAGUAUAGUGAUUAACCCACCAGCCUCUUUAUCUAACCGGAUAUCUCUUAUAGCGAUAGGCUUUAUGUAGGUUAUUUUAGGGUUUAUUCAACAGUUUCUUAUUAAAGUUUUGUGAUGGCGUCCUUUUGGUAAUAGUGUAUGGAUGAUUAGCCAUCUUCUAGGGAUCCUUAAUUUUUGAACCGGAAAUCAUUAUUAAAUAAUGCUCAAAAAGUAAACCCUUUUGACAGUGAAAAGGAGAUGGAUUUUUUGUGUUAUUUUGAAUUUCUGUACAGAAGAACUGAAAGUUCUGGUUUGCCAAGAAUCAAAGUAAAUCCA